ACUGAAUUUGGGUGUCAUUUUCUGUUAUCAUGUCAACAAACGAAGAAGUGGUUAUUGUAUCUGCAUGCAGAACGCCUGUAGGAUCAUUUAAUGGCGUACUUGCUAACACCACUGCCCAUAAUUUGGGUGCUUCGUGUAUCACAGAAGUUUUAAAAAGAGGUAACGUCCAACCAGAAGAUGUAUCGGAAGUUAUUUUGGGACAAGUUUUGACAGCUGGGCAAGGACAAAAUCCGGCUAGACAAGCAAGUAUUAUUUCUGGUAUUCCAAACACGGUACCAGCAUGUAGUGUAAAUAUGUUAUGUGGAUCCGGGCUUCGAGCUGUUGUCUUGGGUUCCCAGGCCAUUAAAACUGGUGAUGCCGAUAUUGUAGUAGCAGGAGGAAUGGAGAAUAUGAGUAAAGCUCCACAUUGUGUAGGUAUGAGGGCAGGAACAAAAAUGGGCGAUGUUUCUCUUGUUGACACAAUGAUUAAAGACGGUUUAACAGAUGCCUUCAACAAUUAUCACAUGGGUAUUACAGCUGAGAACGUGGCCAAACAAUGGGGAAUUUCAAGACAAGAGCAGGACCAAUUUGCUUUAGAUUCACAAUUAAAGUGUGAAAAAGCCCAGCAAGCCGGACAUUUUGAUAAGGAAAUAGCACCUAUAACACUGAAAACUAGAGGCGGUGAUCAGGUUAUAAGAAAAGAUGAGUAUCCGAAAUCUGGCUGUACCAUAGAAAGUUUACAGAAAUUAAAACCAUGUUUUAUUCGAGAUAAUACUGGUACUGUUACAGCUGGAAACGCUUCCGGUAUAAACGACGGUGCUGCUGCUCUUAUCUUAAUGAGUCAACGUGAAGCAAAAAAUAAAUCUAUUAAACCACUUGCACGUAUUACAGCAUGGGCUCAAGCCGGUGUUGAUCCUGCUAUUAUGGGAACGGGUCCCAUUCCUGCUGUUAAAAAGGCCUUGGAUAAAGCUGGGUGGUCUGUCAGUGAUGUAGACUUAUUUGAAUUAAACGAAGCAUUUGCUGCUCAGUCUGCUGCUGUUGUAAAAGAUUUGGGAUGUGAUAAAUCAAAAGUGAACAUUAAUGGUGGUGCUAUUGCUUUAGGUCAUCCUAUUGGGGCAUCGGGUGCCCGAAUUUUAGUUACAUUGCUACAUUCAUUACAACGUACAGGUGGUAAGAAAGGUGUAGCUGCUCUAUGUGUUGGAGGAGGAAUGGGUAUAGCUGUUUGUGUAGAGUCUCUAUAGAUAUUUCAUCAAUAGAAUAGAAUGAGGUUUUAUGUAUUGUGUUUUCCAUGGGUUUAAAGUAUGGGUUAGCGUCACAAACGAGAAGAGGUUAAAGAUGGCACCAUGACAACUGGGCUAGAUACUAUAGAUAAGUUUUAUGGAAUUAAAAGCUGUAACAAGUUCUAAAUUGCUUCAUUACAAUUAUUCAUGUGAAGAACAUUAAAGAUAUGUCUUAAAGUUGUUGUCUUUAACACAAGUUAUAAUUGAUCAGAUUUGUUUACAUAUUACAUGUAUGUGUUUUUUAUUCGUUGUAUUGUUAUAUGUCAUGGAAAGAGUUACUUAUAACCCUACAAUCUAGUUAUUUUUCGAUUUUUCAAAUUAAAAUGACCAUUGUACCAU